UCCCCGCCCGUAACCCGAGAGACAGCCUCAACUCUUGGAAGACACUCUCCUGGCAAAGAUGGAAGAAAAACGCCGCAAGUACUCCAUCAGCAGCGACAACUCGGACACCACUGACAGUCACACCACGUCCACCUCCAGAUGCUCCAAAAUUCCAAGCACCAAAUCUGCCUGGUCACGCCAGAAGGAGAAGAAGCCCUCUGAGGUUUUCCGUACGGAUCUGAUAACAGCCAUGAAGAUCCCUGACUCCUUCCAGCUGAGCCCUGAUGAGUACUACAUCCUGGCUGAUCCCUGGAGGCAGGAGUGGGAGAAAGGUGUCCAGGUGCCAGCGAGCGCUGAGGCCAUCCCGGAGCCCGUGGUCAGGAUCAUACCCCAGCUGGAGGGCUGCCCUGCUCAACUGUCACCAGCCAGCCUGCCUGGCUCUGAGCUUUCGGAGGCGACCAGGACUCACCUGCAGGGCAUGAGCCGCUAUGACCUGGAUGAGCUGGAUGCCUGCUGGUUGGAGCUGGUCAAUAUGGAGCUGAAGGAGAUGGAGAAGCCUGAGCUGGACGAGGUGACCCUGGAGCGCGUGCUGGAGGAGCUGGAGACUGUGUGCCAGGAGAACAUGGCCCUGGCCAUCGAGACGGAGGAGGGGCUGGGCAUCGAGUACGACGAGGACGUGGUGUGCGACGUGUGCCGCUCGCCCGAGGGUGAGGAUGGCAACGAGAUGGUCUUCUGUGACAAGUGCAACGUCUGCGUGCACCAGGCCUGCUAUGGCAUCCUGAAGGUGCCCAUCGGGAGCUGGCUGUGCCGGACCUGUGCCCUGGGCGUGCAGCCCAAGUGUCUGCUGUGCCCCAAGAGGGGGGGAGCGCUGAAGCCCACCCGCAGCGGGACCAAGUGGGUCCAUGUUAGCUGUGCCUUAUGGAUACCUGAGGUUAGCAUUGGAUGUCCUGAGAAAAUGGAACCUAUUACAAAGAUUUCCCAUAUCCCAGCGAGCAGAUGGGCUUUGUCCUGCAGCCUCUGCAAGGAAUGCACUGGGACCUGCAUCCAGUGCUCCAUUCCCACCUGCGUCACCGCGUUCCACGUCACCUGCGCCUUCGACCACAGCCUGGACAUGAGGACUAUCCUGGCAGAGAAUGACGAGGUCAAGUUCAAGUCCUUCUGCCUGGAGCACAGCACUGGUGCCACCAAGCUGCCCGAGGAGGCACGGUCAGAACCUGACCAAGCCCAGCUAGACCUGGAGAAGGUCACGCUGCGGAAGCAGAAGCUCCAGCAGCUGGAAGAGGACUUCUAUGAACUCGUGAAGCCCUCAGAGGUGGCAGAGAACCUUGACCUAAGUGAAUCGUUGGUGGAUUUUGUCUAUCAGUACUGGAAGCUGAAGAGGAAAGCAAAUUCCAACAAACCACUGCUGACACCAAAAACAGAUGAAGUGGACAACUUGGCCCAGCAAGAACAGGAUGUCCUCUACCGACGCUUGAAGCUCUUCAUGCACCUCAGGCAAGACCUGGAGAGGGUCAGGAAUCUCUGCUACAUGGUGACCAGGCGGGAGAAGAUGAAGCACACCAUCUGCAAGCUGCAGGAGCAGAUAUUCCAUCUCCAGAUGAAGCUGAUUGAGAAGGAUCUUUACCCAGAGCAAACUGGGAAGAAGACAAAGGGUAAGAAAAGUGACCCAAGAAGGAAAGGAAGAGAUGGUAGAAAAAAUAGUCCUGAGAAGAAAGAGAAAAGGAAAUCAGUCCACGAAACUGUGUUGGGACAGCUGGGCCUGUCAACCUCCUUCCCCAUCGAUGGGACCUUCUUCAACAGCUGGCUAGCACAGUCGGUGCAGAUCACUGCCGAGAACAUGGCCAUGAGUGAGUGGUCCCUCAACAACGCCCACCACGAGGACAGCACCCCUGGCCUCUCUGAGGAGCUCCUGCAGGAUGAGGAGACCUUGCUCAGCUUCAUGAUGGACCACUCCCUCAGGUCCCCGUUCAAGCAGAGUGAGGCCACAAAGAAGGUGAAAAGCAAAACAAGAACGAACAGUAAGAAAAAGCUGCCCAGGAGUGGCGACCCCAGCGUGGGGGGCAGCCAGCAGGAGAGCUCCGAGCCCUGGACUAACGAUGGCAGCGACCUGUCAGAUGAUGCCGCCCAGCCCAGAUUCACCCCAGACUCCAGGCCCAGCAGGUCGGAGAAGGGGACAGGGAAGCUUCCCGGGGACCGCAGAGGGCCGGGCGAGGCCAAGAAGGCAGCCAAGAAGGGCCCAGUCUCAAAGGGCAGCGAGCCUCAGCCCCCAGCCGGGCCGAGGGGCUGCAGCGGCCCGGAGCCGGAGCCCAGCGCCACCCAAGUGCCUGACUCCGCUGGGAGCCCCAAGGCCGCCCUGCGCUUCAGGUCGCCCAAGGAGGCCCGGGGGGCUCGGAGGCCGCCGGCUGGCAAGGCAGGGGGGGCCACGCUGCGCCUGGCACACACGGACCUGGCACACACGGACCUGGCACACACGGACCUGGCACCUACGGACGGGUACUGCUCUGAUGCCGAGAUGAGCGACUCGGAUGGCGAGCCCCGUGGGCGCCGGGCACAGCGGGCACAGCGGGAGGCAGCCAGCGAGGACAUCGUCAGGAUGAGCAUCCUGGCCUCCUAACUCCGGCGGCACCACGAGGAGGCCCCGGCCCGGUCACAACUGCCAUGUCCGGUCCCUGCCUGGUGCCGCGGCCGGGGGCUUUUUAACGUGUACAUAGCUGGGACCUUGGCACUGGUGUCUCUCUCUUCCCUACACACCUGAGAUGCAGCUUCAGCUUCACCGCCAUCGAGGACCCUGCCAGCCACGCUCCCUUCCCGGCUCCCAGCCAAACCCUGCUCCCCAGCAGGACCGAUGCUGAGGGUGCUGAGAGGCUGGAGGGCACUGGUCCCCCUUGCUUUCUGCAGGGCUGACAGUUUAAUUAACGGGCAUUAUUUAAUGAGGGGCAGAGUCCUGCCUGGGAUGGUUGGAGCCGCAGAGCAGGGAGCUAGCCAGCAGAGGGUUGGGUAGCUGUGGGAAGGGCCGCUCCCAGCAGUGUGUGUCUGUGGGAGGAAGGAAGAGAAGUGAUGUUCAAAUAAAUAACGACUAAAGCACAAACAGUUCGUUGGGGGGAGGAGAGCAAUGCUACCUUCCUGGGUUUAGAGGAAAGCACCCCUUGGUCGUUACUGCCCCUUCAUUUCCUGUCGAGCUGGGAUCCGUCCAGGGGCUGGGAUGCAGACACUCCCCAUCCCUGCCCCAGGGUCAUUGAGGUGGUGAGAAGCAGCAAAGUGAUUAAUUAACUCAGGUGAAUUGAUCAGCCAGCAGCAAGCUGGGAAAUGGAGACAUGGGGCAGGCUGCAGGACAAAACCAUCCUUUAACAGCAGCGUGGGGAGCAGGGGUUGAUUCGACCCAGGAGGUUGAGUGACGUUUUCCUUGCCCAUGCUUCUCUCCACUGGCUGCCAGGCUGGCACCUUCAGCAUCCCCUUUGCACAAGGAAAGGUUUGGCCCCUGGGCCAAGCCUGCUGGCACUGAGGGGCGGUGGAGAUGCUUCACCUUCACCAUUCCCUUUUCUUACCAAAAGCUCCCAUGGCAAUGGUGAAUUUGUUCCUCCCCAUCGUUUGUUGGGUUUGGCUUUUCGUUUGAAUUCCUUCAGUCCUGGUUACAAGCUGUUGGCUUGUGGGAGGGUGAUUCACAGAAGCUGAUGUUCUGACAAUAAUUUAAUGCAUAAAAUGUCCCCAGUAAGCCUUAAAUGUCGUUGAGAAGCCCAUGGUACCUACAAGUCAGGCAGAUUUCCAUGUUUGCACUUAAUUGCACCAUUACUGCGGUUUUGGCUUCAAAGGUCACAGUUUUAAGUCGUGCUUCAUGUUUUAUUGGAGUGACCCCAGUGUGAGCUCAGGGAACAAACAAAAUAACACAUAAAAAAAACUACAAAAAAAAAAGAAUUCACUGGGAAACUUUUGUUGUAGUUGUUUUUUAAAAAUAAUAAUGAAAAAAAAAGUUUAAAAAAAUUAAAAAAAAAUUAAAAACAAAACCCCACCAAAACCACACCACAACCACCCCCAAACCUGGGACACUUCUGCAACCGGUCAAACCCAGUCACUAGCCAGAAACAAACCCUGCAGUUGUCAGACCAAGCCGGCAGAGAAUUUUUGUGGAUGCCAAAGAAUAUUUUGACAGUCAAGCAGCACAGCUAGACACCGGAAACUUGUCACUAUGGAAAACAAAAUCAGUCACAAAAUACUAAGAAUUGGAAGCUCUUCGGUCCACAGGGGGCUGAGGGCACACUCAUGACACACUGCUGUGGCGUUAGGUUCCAGGCUUGCUCCAAGGGAUGCUGCUGCUCCCGGUCUGCAUCCUGCCCUUUUUGAUUUCCAGUGCUUUGUGCUCAUUCCACUGUGAGCUUCCUGUUGAAACUCUGAGACUCCUGCAGCUGGCGUUCCAUAGUCGAUCAUCUUUGAUCAGCCUUCCAAAGUCCUUGCGAUUGAUCAAACUGCAGCAGAGAUAAGCGAUGACAACCUGGCUUGCCCCAGGCUGCAGCAGGCUCCGGGCAGGACAUCUGCACCCAGCCCUGCCUCGGCCCAGCACUAACCCAGCUGACACCAUGCCUGGGGAGGAGCCUUCUUCUGAUGGGAAAGAUGUUAUUAGCAAGAAAAUAAGUAAUCAUAAAAAAGACCAAAAAAGGCCAACAACAACAAAAAAACCCCCAACCAAACCAAAAUCAUCAAACCAGGAACCACUUUUGUUACAAAUUAGCGUAAUCCCUGGAGGUUGGAAAUGCAAAUCUGCUCAUGAAUUAAGGCUCAGUAUGUUCAGAUAAUGUUAAAUACAGUAAAUAGGACUUAGUUUAUCUUACCAGGCUUGCUAGCUUUAGCUACAGUAUCCUAGUAUAAGAGUCAUAACAAUAAUCAAUAUGCUGCCUUUUAAUGAAUCUUGCUUCCGUGUGCUUCACUCAAUUAUGGAUUAAAAAAAAAAAAA